CGGCUUUCCUUUUUCUUCUUUCCUCUUCCUUUCUUCAACGGUGUGCUACACGCGAGUUUUAUUACCAUGGCUGAAAAGUCUGCAUCCUUUUCAGCUGGUUCACCGCCUCAACCGGUUACACUGACGAAGAUUGCGGCCAAGUAUGUCUCCUACUCGCAUACAGUGUUUGCCUACAGCGCAUUCUUCAUUGCUUUGUUGGUCGGCUGUUACACUCACUAUGAAAAAAUUGUGCAGAAUGAAUACUACGGUUAUCCCGAUGAAUGGUUUCCCAGUGUGAGCGCCACAACGGGUGAUCGAUAUCCUGCGCGCGCGAUAUUCCAAAUUUUCAUCGCAUUGACGUCCGGUCCUCGAUUUGCUCUUGUGUUUUUAUGGUAUCUCUACACGGUGUAUUCCGUCGGUACCUCUUCUCGCGGUUUUGGUACCUUUUUAUUGACCGUGGGUGUGAUCCGCACCGUCGCUUGCGGUGGUUGGGUGUAUAUCACCUCGACCGAUGAUCAUCUUACCCACGAUAUUGCCAUGAUCUUGUAUCUCGUAUGCACUCUUCCCUGGCAGCUCGGUGUCUUGUACACCAGCAGCAAGAAUGCCGCGGCCCUAAAAUGGCGUCGCCUGUUCACCAUCGCCUUCUUCACGAGUUUACCACCCAUGAUUUACUUUUUCCUGCAGCACAAGGUCCACAAAAUCCCCGGAGCUUAUACCACUUAUGCGUUCUUUGAAUGGUCACUUAUUUUGUACGACGUCGCUUUCGAUGCAGUGACAGCCAUUGAUUUCCAAACAUUUGAAUUCUCCAUUGUCGAUCGUUCCGGAGCUCAAGGUGCCCCCAUUGCUAUGUCAAAAGAAGGAUCAGCUAUCAAUACAAGUGCCGAAGAUCGUAUCUCGCCCAGCUUCUUGCGUACACUCGCCAGUGCUCGCGGAUUCGUUACUGAGAUUUAUUUGGCCUUUGUCUUUUGGUCCAUGUUGACAUCCUUGGCGCUUCUUAUUUGGUAUUUUCCUCUGUGGCACAUGGGCAUUUCUGGCUACGAGGCGUUUUUGUUGAUUACGGUGGCACCCAUGGUGCUUGGUAUUCGUCCGCUACGCCGCUUGAUGGCCAAGUAUCGUGGCCUUUUCCAUGUGGCUUCUCUCAUUGGUGUAGCCUCGUAUCUGUGGGUUGAUCCCGCCAUGCGAUUGACAUUGACCGCCACUGGCUUAGCCAUUAGUCUUACCACCUGGAUGAGCACGUGGUUGGAAAUGCAGAACCAGGGCGCUCGUUUGGAACGAUCGAUUUUAAUCUGGGGUCUGGGAUUGAUUAUGCAUAAUGUCGUCAAAAUGGCCUGGUGGACAGAAAACCCGAUUUGGCCUAUUAUGCACAAAGCCAACGGUGGUAUGAAUGAAGCCGGCAUCGCACUCGGUAUCAUUGCUUCCUUGGACGUGCUGUUGCGUGAUGUUAUGACCUCCAACAAUGAGGGUAUCGAUGGUUUAUCGUCUUCGGGUUCGGUGGUGGCCAAGAAGGACAGCAGCUGGUUGAUGGCGUCGGCCGGUUUCGGUUCGAUCCUGUUUGCUUUACAUUCGAUGUACAGUGAUUCCUCGGCCAUUAUGCGUUGGUCAGUCGCCGGCUAUCCGAAUUACGGUCCUUCACCUGUACCGUGGGGUGUGGCAACGGUGGCGGCCCUGGUUUUCGGUCUUAUUCUUUCCAACAAUCGUCGAUUGACGACCAAUCCCGCAUGGUAUGCGAUCGGUUGCGCGAAUUGUGUGAUUUUCUACGCGUUCGACGGUUGGACCGCGUUCUACGGUGGUUUGGUGCUUGGCACGUAUAUGAUGUCGGUGAUGCCCGUAUUGGCUCGAUCCAUCACGAUUCAUCCACCAUUCAAGACAUUAUUAACGACCUUUAUGAUCUACAACGUAUUGUGUCUUGCUCACGUGUGGGUGGUUGCCUAUGCUUUUGUGCCGGGUGGUGUGUAUGCACGUGAACGUACCAACUGGGUAUUGGGUUCCAUGAUGUUCCUGAUUGGAUGUGGUAUCCACAACGCCCGCAAGCAAGUGAUUCAAGAUGCUUUGGGUAAAAAGAUGGCCCAGUUCCACUUUCUCAAGACAACUCGUCAAUUCACUCGACUGUUCGCUCUUGGUGCCAUUGCUGCCUCGGCUCUUGUUGCCACCAAGCGAUCCGUUUCGGCCCUGGUUCCCGCACCCUUUACUUCCUCUCACCAGUCGUUCACGGCCGGUAUCUGGACUAUCCAUUUCGCCUUGGAUGACGAUAUGUGGGCCAGCGAAAUGCGUAUGCGCGAUGCCAUUCGUGAUCUCGAAUUGGAUGUUGUCGGUUUAUUGGAAUCCGACACACAGAGAAUCAUCAUGGGCAAUCGUGACUGGGCUCAGUACAUUGCCGAAGAUUUAGGUUACUACCUCGACUAUGGUCCAUCGACGAUGAAGCAUACUUGGGGCUGUUUACUGCUUUCCAAGUUCCCCAUUAUCAAGUCGUCGCACCAUCUGUUGCCUUCACCCGUGGGUGAACUUGCUUGCGCGAUUCACGCUACCCUGGACGUGUAUGGACAACCUGUGGACUUUAUUGUGAGUCACAACGGUCAAGAGGAAGACCCCGAGGACAGACGCCUGCAGACAACUGAGCUUGCGCGCAUUAUGAGCACGAGCCCUAACCCAUUUGUGUUCCUGGGUUAUGUGGUGACGAAACCCCAGCAGCCUCUUUACUAUCUGUUAUUCGAUGGUGGCGAUAUGAACGAUAUUGACCCUUCCGAUUGGGACCGUUGGUGCCAGUACAUUGGUUACCGUGGUUUGCGUCGUGUGGGCUAUGCGAGAGUGAGUCACGGCAAAAUCACGGAUACUGAAAUUCAAACGGGCAAGUUCCAAGUUGUUCAAGACCCCCAAAAAUUCUGGAAAGCGUCGUACGAACGGUUGGAUGAAUCGCAAAUCGAUCCUGCGCUUCGUUAUCCUUCGAUGUUCCGAGGUCAAGGCGUGCGUGGUCAUCGUUACCACGUCUUUAACGAGCCCCGUUACUAUGUACACUAGACAUCUUUGUUUUUUUUUACUUUUUGGGUUCUUGAACAUUAUCAUAAAACCGAACAUUUCCAUAUUCAGUUGAAUCAGCGAUUGUGUUGCCGUGGACACAAAAAAAAAAAUAUCUCUUGGCUUUUUUUGAGCAAUGACAUAUCACCAAAGCGAACACGGGACCCGUCUUUCGCUAAAAACAUAAAGCAGAAU